AUGGAUGAUGAACAAACAAUAACCGAUUCAACUAAUAAAACAAUAUCUGAAUUAGAUUUACGUACAAGAAAAGCUUAUCAAUUUAAAACAAGUGUACUUGAACGUUUACGUGAACAACGAAAUUCAAGAGAAUUUUGUGAUCUUGUUCUCUGUGCUGAAAAUGAAAAAUUUAAUGUACAUAAAUGUGUACUUGUGGCUAGUUCGGAUUAUUUUGAAGCUAUGAUAAGUCGAAGUGGAAUGCAAGAAGCAACAGCUGAUACUAUUGAAUUGAAGGAUAUCACAGCAAAUGGCUUACGAGCUGUUCUUGAAUUUAUUUACACCGGUGAAUUAUCAUUAAGUAUUGAGAAUAUAGCUGAAGUACUUCGUGCCGUAACACAUUUACAAGUGAAUCAUGCAAUAAAACUUUGUGAAGAAUUUUUAAUUGAAGAAACAACUGUUGAUAAUUGUAUUGAUGUUCUUAGUCUUGCUGAUUUAUUUUCUAUUCCUGUAUUAGAAAAGAUAAAUAAAUUUGUUUUACGUAAUUUUCCUAAAGUUGCACUUAAUGAAGGUUUUAAACGUUUAACAUAUGAACAAAUUCUUUAUUUAAUACGUUCAAAUGAAUUUCGUCUUUAUCCAGAAAUAAAAGUUUUUGAUAUGUGUGUUGAAUGGUUAAAAUCAGAUGAAAAAAAUCGUAUGAUUUAUGCAAGUUCAUUAAUGGAACAUGUUCGAUUUCAAACAAUGAAACCUGAAGAAUUUAAUGAUUUAGUUAUGUCACAUAAUUUUAUGAAAACAGAUCCGAAUUGUAUACGUUAUGCAUUUGAAGCAUAUUCAUAUUUUUCAUUACCAAAUCGUCAAUAUUGUUCAACAUCACCACGAAGUAAAAUACGUAAUGAAGCAAGUCUUGUUUGUGUUAAUGAAUCAAUGUAUAUAUUAAAUAAACAUGAUGAUGUUUGGGAAUAUAUGUGUAAUUCAUUAGCAACAUGGAGAACAUUAUCACAAAAAUUUGUUGUUGUUAAUAAUUUUCUUUAUGCAUGUGGAGGUUAUUCAGAAAAUAAUCGAGAAACAACAAAUGCAUGUUAUCGAUUCGAUCCAAGAACAGGUUUAUGGUCGGAAAUUGCAAGACUUUGUGAAAAAAGACAAUUUUUUUCCUUAGCUGGAUCAAAUGAAUGUUUAGUUGCCGUUGGUGGAGUUUAUGGUGAUAAAGGAAAUUUUUAUGCUACACAUCCUUGUUCAACAGCAAUUGAAGUAUAUAGUAUUGAAAAAGAUCAAUGGCGAACAUUAGCAUGUACAGAUUUACCAAUACUUAAAUGGCCAGGAGCAUGUGUUGCAGAAAAUUUUGCUUUUGUAAUCGGUGGAAAACAUACUGAUGGACUUAAUCAUCGUUUAUCAGAAAAUUCUUAUAUGGUUGAUUUAGAAUCUGGUCAUGUAACAAUAUGUGCAGCACCAUUAACUGUUCGAUUUAAUCCAACUGUGUUUUAUCAAAAUAAACGUUUAAUUUUAUUCGGUGGAGAAGAUGAUAAAUAUCGUUUAGCACCUUGUAUCGAAAUGUAUGACUUGGCAACAAAUCAAUGGACAGAAAUAGCAACUAUACCUGUAUCACAUUCAUAUCAAUGUAUCUCAAGUUCAUCUAUAAUGGGAGAUAAAAUACAUUAUUUACUUGAAGAACAUGAUGGUCCAUCAAGUGAAUCAUAUAUUCUUAAAUCAUCUUAUUUUGAUAUUGAAAAACGUACAUUUGAACGAAGUGUUCAAUUACCUCAUCCAUCAACAUUAGCUAGUAAAUGGUGUUCACUUGUUUUUCCUCAACAAUUUCUUGAUGGCUGUCAAACAUUUGAUAAUCAUGAAUCACAUCAUCAUCACAAUCACCAUCAUCAUCAUUAUCAUCCACAUUAUAAUCAUUAUCCAUCUGAUAAUGCUCCUCGACAUAGUUUAGGUGAAAUAUCAAGUGGUGGUGAUGUAUCAUCAAGUAGUACAAAUAGUGCCAGUAAUAGUCCAAUGAUUUAUCAACGUCAUAGAUAUUAUCCUGAACUUCACCAUCGUACUUGUUCAAAUUAA